AGCUGCACAGCCCCCUACAACCCUGCUGAGCCUGUCUGACAGAGAGCAAAAGAGCGUGUGUUUGUAAACGAGAGGCAGCCGAGAUGAGAGUGUGAAGCAGCGUGAAGAAAACCUAGAAAGAACAACAAAGAGGUGCAGAAAAAGGGGAGCAGGGAGACAGCAAAAAAACAAGAAGAGGGAAAAAACAAGCAAGAGGUAUAGAGAUGUAAAUAUAGUACUGUAUGUAUCUGUGAUGGUCCUGAUGCUAAAGUCAAGACAUGCAUUGACUAAAUGAGAUGACCAGUCUCUACAACUACCAGCAUCCUGUCCUGGAGCCUCGACAGGAGAGGACGAAUCAGAUCCAAAUCCAAAGGCAAACACUCUCCUGAAGCAGACCCACAUCAGCAGGAUCAUGUCGUCUACUGGGUCAUCCAACCACAACAAACGUCUGGCAUCUGAAACAGACAACUCUCAGAGGCUGUUGGACAAUGACUCUUCCCAGCAGCUGAAACUGAAGGACAGACAGCGUUUCUUUGAAGAAGUCUAUCAACAUGAUGUGGAUAACUACCUGCCCUCUUCUCAUCUGCAGAUUGACUGCAGGAAACCCCCGAUGGGUAGCAUUUCAUCUAUGGAGGUGAAUGUGGAUGUCCUGGAGCAGAUGGACCUGAUGGACAUCUCUGACCAGGAGGCCCUCGACGUGUUCCUCAACUCAGGCUCUGGAGCAGAUGAGGGAGCGUUAGCAUCCCCACUACCAGAGGCAGAUGAUGAAGAAGACGAUGAGGAUGAAGAUGCAGAGGUUGUCUACAGGGAGCGUGUACCUUUGAAACGGCAAAAUGAGGUUCACUGCAUGUCAAAGUCACGCAUGUCCUCUACGUCAUCCGGUUCGUCUGAUAUCAGCGGGGGCGGGGCCGACACACCUGUGAUCCAAUCAGAUGAUGAGGAAGUCCAUGCAGACACUCUUCUGCUUACCUCUGUUCCCCAAACCAGGGAUGAAGAAACAGAGGAAGAGGAAGAGGAGGAAAGAUGCCUUGCAACUUGAUCGCAAAAGACUGAAUUUUAUUUUCUUAGCUUAAAACAAAUCCUUUUUCCGUCUCUGUCUUUUGCAUUCCUGUUUCUUAGAGGAAAUCCUAGCAUGAUUGACCUGGUUGUAACUUGCUGUAUCUAUGGAAUAUUGUGCUUAUUUCCCCAUUACGGCUUAUUGAUAAUCAAUGUAGGACCUAAUCAAUCUUUUCUAGUAGUCGACAAAUACCGGUUUGAAUUGUUUCUUGCUCGGGUUGUUUCAGAUCUGCCAACAUUCACUUUACAUGAGUCAGCCUACUUUCAUGUACUCACAUGUUCUGACUGAGAUGAAGUAAUUGUCAGUUAAGGUUUGUCCUUGUUACUGCCAAAGGGAAAUUCCUCUAUUGCCCAUUUUGUGUCUUAAAAGCAGAGGUGCCAAAGAAGGCUGGAGUGCAUAGAAUUUUUAGGUAUUACCAGCUAAUAUGGAAAAAAAAAAAAAGUCACAUAUCACAGGGACUCUCGUUUCUUUAUUGACCAUAACUGACAACAGUGUUUACAUUCUAGUCGAGGUGUCCUCAUGGUUGCACCCAACACAUGAUCCUUGGCAGAGACUUCAAAGAUCUCCUAUGAAAUGUAUGACUCAACAUGUGUUUGUUAUGGAUUAGAUUAAAGGUUAAAGAAAGGUGUAAUUAUACAAGCCUCAUGGGUAGUUUCACCAUCCAGUCAGAAAAUGAAGAGAGAAAUUAGGCAGUGAUCAAAAUCCAGUAGAAGUUCUAUUUGUUUUACAGAUUCUGACGUGUCCUUCGCUGUAUGCAUGUGCGGUGUAUUUUCAGUAUCAUGAAUGGAACUGUGUUUGUAAAAGCAUGCUAGUUUCUUCAUAAUCUUCACUCUAAUAAUUACAGUGUUCCUGCAAUAAUAAUGUUGCAUAAUCGGACUGUUACAGGUGGCUGUUAAGUUGCUCUUGUCGCCUCAGCGAGAUGCAAUAAGCGACUUAGAUACUCUUGAGCACACGACUACUGAAUUUGUUAAAAAAUGUUAGGGUGUGUUGGCAAAUUAGCAUGUGAGAGGGUGUGGCUGAUGAACAUUACUACGAUGCAACACGUGUACCUCUUGUUCAAACUCUAUUUUCAGAAUCAUUUCCGGUGUUAAAAAAAAAAAAAAAAAAAAAAAAAGAGUGUCUCUCCCUGGUUUGAACAUCUUAAUGAAUUAAAUUAAAAUGUGAGAAAGGU